UACUAACAGUAUAUUUUAAAAUAUACAGUUCCCCAUUAAUAAAAUAUCUUCAAAACAUUUAUAUAAAUACUAAAUAGACUAGACAAUCUCAUUUUUUAGAACAUUUUUCAUUGUCUAAUUAAAUAAAUAAAUAAAAUCAAGUUCCAUCCUGUGGUCAAAAUCUCCUAAUCAAGGCAGGGCACACUCACCACAUUUGUCCCGUGUCUUAAGGCCGACCGUACGCUCCGACCAGACCACCUCUCAACAUAAGCCUCCCAAUGUCCUAACCACAUUUUUGCAAAGGCAAAACUAAAACUUCAAACCGACCAUGGCUGAAGAUGAUCCCGACAUGCCCGACUGGGAGCGAGUUUUCAAACGUUUCGAUGCCAACGGCGACGGCAAUAUUUCCGCAAAAGAGCUCGGCGACGCCCUCCAGGAGCUUGGCAGUGUCGAUCCCGACGAAAUCAAGUGCAUGAUGGCAGAGCUCGACACCGAUGGAGACGGCUUCAUUUCGUUCACCGAAUUUGUCGAAUUCGCCAAAAACAAUCGGGGAUUGGUUAAGGACGUUGCCAAAAUAUUUUAACUCUGUAUUUCUUGAUUUUUUUUUGUUUUUUUUUUUUAUAUAAAUAACGAUAUACUGUAGUCUUAUUGAA